UCAUUUUCUGCUUUCUCUCUAAGCCCAAUGCUUAGGUCAACCACGAGAAACACUCCUCCCUGUUGAUUCUCCCAUGGCUAUAAUUUGUCUUCUUUAGGGUUUUCUUUUUCCGGAUCAAAGAAGAAGGAACCAACCCCCAGUCCGUUUUUGUAGUUUCUUUUGCUUCAUUCGCACCUCAAAGAUCUAGAACAAACAAAGUCAUAGCUACCCAGAAAACCAGUAUUCGCAAACCCAGGUCUUGUUUUUAGUUUUAUUUCGUCUGCUUCCACUUUGCUUCUGUUUUCUCAUCAAUCUAUACUUAAAAGUAAAUUUUGGUGGUGGAGGUAGGUUAUUAGUAUGAACUUUGUGUAAAAGUAUUCAAAUUAUCAAGAUCAGUGAAGAUGAGGAAAUCUUAAGAGAAAUUCCCAGCAACUUGGAUUCUUUUGAAGAUUUUUGAGGUGAUGGAGUUGUCACUGGGGAGCAGUAGUAUUGAAGAAUCGAAUACUGCAAGUAGAUCUAUUGAGAAAGAAUAUAUGUUCGAUAAAGUCGUCACACCCAGCGAUGUAGGCAAGCUGAACCGCCUUGUUAUACCGAAGCAGCACGCCGAGAAGUACUUCCCUCUCGACUCUUCGUCAAGCGAGAAAGGGCUGUUGUUGAAUUUCGAGGACCGGAAUGGCAAGUCGUGGCGGUUCCGGUACUCGUACUGGAAUAGCAGCCAGAGUUAUGUGAUGACCAAAGGGUGGAGCCGUUUCGUCAAGGAAAAGAAGCUCGAUGCGGGUGAUAUCGUGUCGUUCCAACGGGGUGUCGGGGACUCAGAGAAAGACCGGUUGUACAUUGAUUGGAGGUGCAGCCCUAAUGUGCCUGAUCCGGCAACGUUUGCACAUUUUCAGCUACAGAAUCAGUUCAACUUCCCUCAGUCGGUCCGGUGGGGUGGAAUCUACUCGAUGCCACAAAGCUACGAGCCUUUACAUCGGUUGAAUUACAGCAUAUAUCCUUAUAAUCAUCACCAUCAGCAGCAGCAACAACAGCUACUGCAACAGCAACAGCGGCAGCAUCAGGCAAUUAAUUAUGGCAAUGUAGCGCAGUACCAUCUAAGGUCAUCAUAUGGAUCAUAUAAUCAUCAUCAAAUUGGGGCAGUGCAAGAAGGCGGAAGAGAGCCAAUGGUGAUCGAUUCAAUACCAGUUGUUCAGGGCAAAACAACAGCGGCUAGAAGGCUAAGGCUCUUUGGGGUGAACAUGGUGGAGUGCCCUACUCCUACAAAAGACGAAUCUUCCUCGGCUCACGAUUCUUAUAAUUUCCCUUCUUCUUCUUCUCUCCAAUCAAGACUGUCCAACGAUGAUAACAAUAAUACCCCAUUCUCCGGAAUGCAAGCUGAAUAUUCAAAGAAAGGAAAAUCUUCCUUGUCCUUUGAUUUGGAUCUAUGAUCCAUUAAAAAGAAAAUCACAGUGAAAGGUUGCAUUUUCACCCUUUUUUGUUUGCUUCGCGAAAUGCACUGGAUUUAGUAAAGAGGGUAUUAAAAAGACGAGUUUUUUUCUUUCUUUCUAAUUUCUUUAAAUAUUGUUUUAGUACAUGAGUUAGUUGAGGUUUGGGAUCUGUGAAGAGCUAAAGAUGAAAGACGAUGCAACACAUGGAGUUGAAGAUUGUGUAUAACACAUAUACAGAUAUAUCAGAUAUUCCCAACUUGUUUAUCAUAUAAAAUAUCAUAUUUUUCCAUUA